UGGCAACGCUUAACGCAGCUGUCAAAUGAACUGACAGCGCGUCAACUUCCUUUCCUUUUUUACGUAUCGUACGAGAUGGCUCGUGGACCUAAGAAACAUUUGAAGCGUUUAGCCGCACCCAAGGCAUGGAUGUUGGACAAAUUGGGCGGUGUUUUCGCCCCACGUCCAUCGACCGGUCCACACAAGCUGCGCGAGUCGCUGCCUCUGUUGAUCUUCCUGAGAAACCGUCUCAAGUACGCUCUGAACGGCGCUGAGGUGACCAAAAUUGUCAUGCAGCGUUUGAUCAAGGUUGACGGUAAGGUGCGCACCGAUCCCACCUACCCCGCCGGCUUCAUGGAUGUGAUCACCAUCGAGAAGACUGGUGAGUUCUUCCGUCUGGUCUACGAUGUGAAGGGCCGUUUCACCAUCCAUCGCAUCUCCGCCGAGGAGGCAAAGUACAAGCUGUGCAAGGUGCGCAAGACACAAUUGGGCGCUAAGGGUGUGCCUUUCCUGGUUACACACGAUGGCCGCACCAUCCGCUAUCCCGAUCCUCUGAUACAUGCCAACGAUACCGUGCAGGUUGACAUUGCCACCGGCAAGAUCACCGACUACAUCAAGUUCGAUUCGGGCAACCUUUGCAUGAUCACUGGAGGCAGGAAUUUGGGACGUGUCGGCUCUGUGGUUAACCGUGAGCGUCACCCCGGCUCCUUCGAUAUCGUGCACGUUAAGGAUUCGCAGGGUCAUGUGUUUGCCACUCGUUUGACCAACGUCUUCAUCAUUGGCAAGGGUAACAAGCCUUACAUCUCGCUGCCAAAGGGCAAGGGUGUUAAGCUCAGCAUCUCGGAGGAGCGCGACAAGCGCUUGGCCGCCAAGACCCACUAAAAACUUUAAAUGCCAGCUGGACAGAGCAGCAGCAGCAGAUUAGGGGAGAAGAGUAAAUAGGAUUUUUACUUUUUAGCAUAACUCUGUACGUUAAAGCUACGGAAUUACAAAAACAACGUAAAGAAAAAGUA